AUGAUUGGCUCCCUUCUUUAUCUAGCUGCUAGUCGACCAGAUAUUAUAUUCAGUGUUUGUAAAUGUGCCAGGUUUCAGUCAGCUCCUAAAGAAUUACAUCUGACUGCAGUAAAGAGAAUUAUUCGAUAUCUCAUUGGAACUAUUUCUUACGGAUUAUGGUAUCCAUGCUCUAACAAUUUUAAACUAGAAGGUUUUUCAGAUACUGAUCUUGCAGGUGAUAAGAAAGACAGAAAAAGCACCAACGGAACAUGUCAAUUACUUGGAAAAACACUGAUAUCUUGGAACAGUAAAAAGCAAGGUUCAGUUGUACUAUCCACAACUGAGGCUGAGUAUAUCCCCAUUGGACAAAGUUGUGCACAAUUACUAUGA